AUGCUUAACGGCCUCUAUGGAUACAUUUUCGGCAAUGAUUCGACAAGUGAUUGUAUCGAAGAAGUGAUUCCUCAUAGUGAUGUUAACGUACUUGAAAGUGUCAGUUCGGCGCCGGUCGCCUCAAUAACUCCAAAGAGAACGAAUAAAGUCGACGAUGACUGGAUCCUCGUUGAAGAUCGUGCAUCGGGUCGUUCUUCACCUGUGUUCGUGGCGAAUCUGGAGUUGGAAGAUUUAGAUAGUGUUUCGACCAUAUCAACAUUGAGUACAAAUGAUCAAGCGACAGCAAUAAGUAGCCCUCAGCAGUCGCGUCAUUCAGAGGCAGUUCGCCAUGCAAAAAUGCUUGUUGCUCAACGAUCAAAACUCGAGCAAAAGCUGUUCGAGGAUCCGUGCCUUAUAAAGUCAAAUAUUAAAUAUGAUGAUAUGUGGACCAAAUCCGUAACCAACAAUUUCACUGCUUCGAAGCUAAAGAGGUCAACAGCUGCGGGUCACGUUGCCUCAGAAAGCAAAAUUAAACCGCGUAAGAAGAAGAGUGGUAAGUUGUGCGCUGGUCGUAACAACGACCGCAAAGUGAAUAACCUCAACUAA